CACGGUUAAUAGUCGUAACCAAACCCCCUAUAGAAUGAUAUUGAAGACAACAGAACUAACACCACUGGGAAGUGUUGAUGAAAGACCUGAUGAGAGUGAACAACAUUUAAAAGAAUUGAUUGAAGAACAAGUUACAGUCAAUGAGAUAGAUCAGGAUGAUAAGCAAACCGAUUUUAAUAGAUUAUCUAAAGAUCACAAAUUGGAUAGAUUGAAUAAUUUAAUUCUGAGAUCACAAUUAUAUUCUCAAAUUAUAGCCGACAAUAUCUUACAAAGUAGUUUAGCGAAAAGGCAGCAACGUCAAGAACAAGAACAACAAGAACAUGAAACUAAGCAACAACCAACUCCAGAGAUAACACCCACUAAGAAGAGAAGAAAAUUAGGUAGAGGAGCUAAGAAAAGUAGUGCUCAACGAGAUAUUACUAGUAUGCUUACAACUAAGAUUUCUGAUUCAACCAAGUCUGCUAAGCAAGCUAUUGAACAAUCACAAGCUACUACUGCCACUAUGAUUCAACCUAAAUUAAUUACUGGAGGAAAAUUAAAGGAUUAUCAAUUAGAUGGAUUAGAAUGGUUGGUUACAUUAUAUGAAAAUGGAUUAAAUGGGAUUUUAGCUGAUGAAAUGGGUUUAGGUAAGACCUUACAAUGCAUUUCUUUUCUUGGAUUUUUAAUUGAACAUGGUAUUACAGGACCAUUUUUAAUUGUAGUUCCAUUAUCUACAUUAUCAAAUUGGUAUAAUGAAUUACAAAAAUUUGCUCCUAAGAUAAAGGUUUUUAAAUAUAAUGGAUCAAAAUCUGAAAGAGCAAAGAUUAAUUUAUCAUCACAAGUUAAUCAAAAAAAAUUGAAUGUAGUUUUAACUUCUUAUGAAAUAUCAAUUAAAGAUUAUAAUAAGUUGAAUAUAAUUAAUUGGAAUUAUUUAAUAGUUGAUGAAGGUCAUAGGUUAAAGAAUAAUAAUUGUGUUUUAAUUAAAUUCCUAAAGAAAUUAAAUACUAAUAAUCGAUUACUAUUAACUGGAACACCAUUACAAAAUAAUUUAAAUGAAUUAUGGUCAUUAUUAAAUUUUAUUUUACCUGAUAUUUUCCAUGAUUUAGAAUUAUUUCAACAAUGGUUUAAUUUUGAUGAAUUAACCAAUUUAGCUAAUGAUAUUGAGGAUGAUAAUGAAACUAAAAGAUUAAUUAAAUUAGAGGUUCAACAAAGUUUAGUAAAAAAUUUACAUACAAUUUUAAAACCUUUCCUUUUAAGAAGAUUAAAGCGUGACGUGGUUAAAGAUUUACCACCUAAGAAAGAAUAUAUUAUUCAUAUUCCAUUGAGUGGACUUCAAAAUAAAUUAUAUUAUGAUUGUAUGAAUAAUAGAUUAUAUUACAGUUUAGUAGAGAUUUAUUUAAAGGAUUUCAUUAAUUAUAAUCAUUAUGAUUUAUUUAAAAAUGAUUUUAAUAUGAUUGAUGAAUUUUUACAAGAAAUAUUUUCCGGACAAACUAAUAAGAAUAAAGAUAUUAAAAAUUAUAAAGAAUCCGAAUCAGAUGAUGAAUUUAAUAUUGAAAUUAGUCCACUGCCCAUUGAAGGUGAAGAAAAAUAUGAAUCUAUUAUCAAUAAGAGAUUACCUAAGAAAGAGAAGCAAAGAUUAAUACUUAGUUCCUUAUUCAAAAAGAUAAAUAAAGAUGUUCGAAAUUUAUCAUUACAGAAUCUUACUAUGCAAUUAAGAAACAUUUGUAAUUCACCAUAUAUGUAUUAUGAACCGUUCUUAAUUGAUGGAAAUAAUUCUACCAAAUCAGAAGCCAGAUUUAUGGAUAUUUUAAUUAAGAAUUCUUGUAAAUUUCAAGUAUUAGAUCAAUUAAUUGAUUCAUUACUUAAUGAUAAUCAUAAAAUUCUAAUAUUUAGUCAAUUCACAAAAUUAUUAGAUUUAGUACAAGAUUGGUUAAAUUUUAAAGGAAUUCAAUUAUGUCGAUUAGAUGGUUCAACUUCACAAACUGUUCGAGAUAUCGAAAUUAAGAAUUUUAAUAAUGAUAAUAAAUAUAAAGUAUUUCUUUUAAGUACUCGAGCUGGUGGAUUAGGUAUAAAUCUUGCCGCUGCUGAUACAGUUAUCUUAUUUGAUAAUGAUUGGAAUCCUCAAAUGGAUUUACAAGCUAUUGAUAGAGUUCAUAGACUUGGACAAACCAAACCAGUAAAGAUUUUUAGAUUUCUUGUAUCUAAUUCAAUUGAAGAAAUUUUAAUAACUAAAAGUUCAUCCAAGAGAUUUUUAGAGAAAUUAGUUAUAACCCUUGGAGAAUUUCGAUUUAAUAAAUUAAAAUCAAUGAUUGAUGGAUCAAAUGGUUCAACUAAUGAUAAUAUUAAUGUUAAAGAUUUAUUAGAGUUUUCAAAGACUAAUUUUAAGAAUGAAAGUGAAGAAGAAUCUAUAAAUGAAGAAGGUUUCAAUUAUGAAUUUUCUAAACUGGCACUUAAUAAAAAACAAAAUCAAAUCAAUAAAUUAUUAAGUAUUGAAGAAAUGAAUGAAUUGAUGGAUAGAUCAAUGGAUUGUUAUAAAUCAGGAGAUGAUUCACAAUUUAAUCAUAUUUCAAUAUUUGAAACUAUUAAUAAUAUGGAUAAAGAUUGAUUACUUAAUUAAUUGUAUUAUACUACAAAACUAAUAAUAAUAAUAAUAAUAGCUAUAAUAAAC